UCGGUAGUUUUAUUAUCUUGCACCGAUAUUAUAGCAUAGACCCAAAGCUGACCUAAACAUGUGUAGUUGCUUAUAAUGUUAUUAUAUUAACACCAACGAAUCUAUUGUCACCGAUCCCAGUCGUCGGCCCUUCUUCCUCCUCCUCAUCCACCGCUCUGUAGGAAUUAGGGCUUCCAAAUUCUAGGGUUUCACAUAUCCACCUGGCGAUGUCAACCUUCACCGGCGAUGAGACGGCCCCCUUCUUCGGAUUCCUCGGAGCCGCGGCGGCUCUUGUUUUCUCCUGCAUGGGGGCCGCGUACGGGACGGCGAAGAGCGGAGUUGGGGUGGCUUCAAUGGGAGUGAUGCGACCGGAGCUCGUGAUGAAGUCGAUCGUGCCCGUUGUCAUGGCGGGAGUGCUCGGGAUCUAUGGGUUGAUCAUUGCUGUGAUCAUCAGCACCGGGAUAAACCCUAAGGCCAAGCCGUACUAUCUCUUCGACGGCUACGCUCACCUCUCGUCCGGACUGGCUUGUGGUCUCGCUGGGCUUUCUGCCGGGAUGGCGAUCGGGAUCGUCGGAGAUGCUGGCGUUAGUCCAAACUUGGGACGAGUCUGAGGGUUGAAGCAGUUGGCUAAGCUGGUCUUCGUCAAAGAGGAUGGUAAUAGACCAGACCAAAGUUACAUCUUUGACAAUGACAUUGUCAUGGUGCAAGCUUCAUAACAGCUAUCAUUGCAACCAUGCCACUGACGUGACUCCCGUCCGCUUGAACAGGCAGGUUACCUUUCAUUCAAAUCAUGAUUGUGCCAGGUAACAUGAACAAUGAUGGGGACUCCGAUUGUGAGGAGGUAAGAUGUAAUCGAAAGCAUGUGGAAGAAAAAGACUUCACUAAUGCUUCUCAUAGCUGGUGCCACAGGCGGGUUCUCGUGUAAACAUCACUGCAUGGAUUAAUCUUUCACAGUUGAUCAAAAAGUUUGUCUAUGGAAUGAUAUGGUUAUUCACUGGCCAAGAAGGUUAAUCUUUUUUCUCACCAAAAGGUAGACUGUGUUCGUCCUGGAUCUAAAAUAAUAUGCACCAAGCUGUGUCACUAACUAGGCCCCCCUUAAGGAGUAAAUAUUGACCAUUUUCCUAUGCCAGCUCUUAUUAAAAUCUCUCAGUAGCUUUCUCCGAGUAAGUUUUCUGUGUCCACAUGGCAAAUCAUCUCUCAUGUUAGCUUGGUUAGUUAUCUCAAGGUGGAAUAUGUGGCAAGCUUGAAACAGGAAUUAUGCAGUUUCCACUCUCAAAGUACUGCUUUAUGUGUUGUAAACUACUUUCCCACUAGUUGCUGCAUCCAAUUCUUUUUCCAAAUUCUGCCCAGCUGCCUAUAUCUAUGCUUAGAAUGACAUUUAUCUUUGGAGGUGGUGGCUGUUCAUUUGCUUCCCUGUUCCUUUUACAUGAUUCUUCUACUCCUAGAUAACGGCAUGGAGCAUUAGGUUUUGCAGACCUCUUAGAUUAUUCUUACUCUGUUGAAUUUUAUUGUGUAUUAUUUACCACCAUGAUCGUGCUCUUACUAACAGCUUCUUUGUAUUUUUCGGUGCUGUCUACUCCCCUGCAUAAAUUUCUGAAAUAUCAACUUCAAUAUCGAUUUCUGAGGUUCUAGUUUUUUUUUUACAAUAUCCAGCUCUUGUAAUAUCAUUUUCUUCAACAUUGACUGUCAGUGAAAUGGUAAUCUGCAACAUGAGUCAUGGAGCUAGUACAGUUUGAAGUUUUACAAGCCUUUGCUUAUAUUUAUCUGCAUCUGUUCCUCCUUAUGUUCUUCCAUUUAUUUUGCUUGUCUGUAGCUGGCCAUGGGGGCUUGUGAAGCACUGGUACAAGCUUAGUGAUCCAAAACAAUUUGUACGACAAGGAAUAUGGCACUGUGGGAAUUGAGGUCAGGAAACCUCAGUUGGGAAGAGGGAACCAGUGAUAAUGAUGACACCGUAUCAACUCUUCAUGGUAAAAGCUCAAUCAAAUUUUGGAAGACCUGCAGCAUGAGUUGUGAUCAUGACAACAGGAAAAGAAGAGGAGAAGUAGCUAAAUAUUUGCAGCCAACCAGAAGACCUUCCGAAUGCAAACAAAUGGCAGCACGACGGAUCCUCUCCUUUUUUUUCUUUUUUUUCUCUCUCAACUAUCCACUGAUGAUGACUCUUAGAAGAGAUAUAUAUGGCUACUAAUGCAUAUUUCUCAAGAGAGAGAGAGAGAGAGAGAGAGAGUUGUAAGGGCUGGUGGCCUGCAUUAUUGAGCUCAAUGAUUGACUGGAUGAUCCUACAGCAGUCCAUGGAAGAACAAGAAGGUAUACAGAUGCUAAGCUCGCCAUGAUCCGCUGUGUCCAUGCUCAGCAUGCACGUCGUGCGUGUCUCCAUCGGACUGGCUCGACAUGAAAAGGACGAGAAAGAUCCAAGUUCUACUGCUGUCGUCGCAUCGUCGUGUUCUGCAGCAUUUCUUCCAUUGUUCGAGGCAUGAUAUUAUUGAUCUAGCCAGCUUCCAGCAGGAAUGAUUGCAGUGGCACUGGUGCUUUUGGAAGCGAUCUCCAUACUCCAUGCGUGCAUGUUCCCUUUGUAUGUUUUCUCCAAGUCUUAUUGGUAUACAUGUAACAAACGAUGGACCAAUGUGACAGAAGACUAUAUUAACAGCUCACUCCAACCAUGUUUUAUGUCA